AAUGGGAUAAGAGGAAAGCGGAGUCUUGUAUGCAGCUCUGUGAAGUUUUAGGGUGAGGGUCAACUGUGAUGUGGAUUGGCUGUGAUUUAUGAAGACUGCAGCUGCAGAGGAGGAAAGAAAGCGUACAUUUUGAGUUCCAAUACAUAACACUUGAUGAGUUUUUGUGUUGUCAAUUGCACAUGUAACUGUCAUGAUAACAUUUUGAACAAUACAGUACACAUGUUUUAAAGGAUUUCAGACACCAUUAGCAGAAUAUAAAAUGGAUAUCUAAUGCGGUGCGUGACAAUUGUAAAAGAGAAUAUUUCUAUCAUCUGGCCACAAUUAAUGAUUCGCAACUCAAUUGAAAAACAUUACCUUGCAUAAAUGUAGGCUCUUUGACAUGUUUUUACAAAAACCAAACAGUACUUAAAGUAUAAUGCUUUUACCUUGUAGUCUUGCAGUGUCUGGCGCAGAUCUCCUUUGUGCUUUGUCUUUGUGAGAACAGAACCGGAAGAGAUAAAAGUGCCCCUGUUGGUUUGUUUACAAGCCUACCAAAGAGAAUGACUGAGUUUUACUGAACACGAGGGAAUUUUACACUGGAGUCUUCUGUCACACAACCUUGCCCUCUAGUGGGGUCAUUUUGCUACAACACCCUUUCCAGUCAAGAGUGAACACAUGCAACUCCACAAUCUCAAGAGUUACAGCAUCCCAUUGAAGUAAUUUUGAACUAUUGAAGCACUGAUAUCCCAGUUCCAAAAUUGGUAGUGUCAGUGUAACCGUAUUACGCUACUGACUAUUGGAGCACGGACAUACAUUGGAUACACUGAAACCAUCUGUAAAUGUGGCUGGUAUUGUUCAAGAAGCUACAAUUGAGCCAAACAGGAGAGGACACUUCCUAGUAGAGCCAAGAAAAACACAAAAAAGCAAAAGACGUUGGGAUGGAAGCACUGGCAAAUACAAGUACACUACCCACAGCUACACCAGCUCCAAAUGACAUGAGGAGGACCACCUCGAACAGGUGGGAGUUCUUGGUAGCAGUCUUGGCUAUUGCCAUCUCCAUCUCCAUUCUAAUGGCCCUUUUGGCAAAAUGGCAAGUGGUUCAGCGCUACCUGUCCAGCUAUCGGCACACUCGGUUGAGAGAGACAGACACAGUCAGCCAGUGUGAGCAGUCAGGUCUUGAGGUGGGGUUUGACAUACUUGGGGAAAGUGAAAUAAACCCUCGCCAUCCCGUAAAUGCUGAAGAUGAUGAUGGCUUCAUUGAGGACAACUACAUCCCAACAAGUGAAAGAGUAAGAGCUGAAAGAGCAGCAGAGAACAUGGAGGACACAGAGGAAGAGAUGGAUGAAAAUGAAUUCACCAUUACUUAAAAAGUAUGGUCCUCUAUAUCAUCUGAUGGAUUACCACCUGAACCCUCAAGUGAAUAUAAAUAGUGCCAUAUCCACCACUGGGACCGCAGGUCUAAAAACCUCACUUUGUUCUUGUUCGACCGCCGAAAGGAGAUCUAAAACACUCACUUUAUUGUUGUUGUUAUUCCUGUGGAGAACACUAACUAAAAUUGCUACUCUCAUUCAAUGACAGAUCAGAAUUAAAUCUGGUAGGUAAAUUCUUGGCGGUGUAUAAGCAUCAAUCAUGAGAGCCCGUUUUUUUAUUUAUUGUAUCAGGGCUGAUUAAAUAGAUGAAUUAAUUGCAGAAUUAAAAUUGUUACUUGUUUUCCUCUGUGCUAAACGUUUUAAUGACCAACUGGACAUUUUAAAAUUGAAGCGCUCAGAAAUUAUCAAGGAGGUGCCGAAAUUUUCCAUUGGCAAGCAAAAAAAUGUGGCCACUAGUCAGAAAUCUUAGCUUUGAGCCCUCGGUUAGGAGUUGCCUCACAGUCCCUAGUUUAAGGGUUCAAUCCUAGGCUCAGUGUGCAUGUUCAACCCGUGACUGCAUGACUUUCCUCCAGUUACUUUGGUUUCCUCCCGCCUCCCAAAAACAUUUCAAAUUAUCUGUCUGUGUGAAUAUGAGCGCACAUAUCUCUUUGUGGCCAGCAAUUGGGUGGUUACCAGUUUAGGGGGUAUACCGCAUUCUGCCUUAGAGGGACUACACAGAGUUUGUCACUUUUUUUUACUCGCAACUGCCACCUUUGCCCUAAAGCUUAACUGCAGCUUGUGCAUGGCGCACAUUUUUGUACAAGCGUAAACAUAAAGCAAUGAGUGUUUGGCCCAGGGUUGGGCAAACUAUUCCACAAAGGACCGCAGUGGGUGCGGGGUUUUUGUGUUAUACAAGUGCAAUCAGUUGAUUGCAGUCAGGUGCUUCUUGUUUCCCCGGACCUCUCAUUGGUUAAACUGCCUGUACUGGAUCAGUUGAAACAAAGACCAGGACCCACAGCGGCUUUGAGGACCGGGUUUGCCCAUCCCUGGUUUGGCCCAUCAAAUCAGCAUCCGAAAUGCCAAAACAGUAGCAAAACUUAAGUGGAUUAAAAAAUGUUUUUGCCUAGCAGACACGAGGAGGUGGCUCGGUGAAACAUUGAUGCUGUUUUACCAGAGUGGUCAACCCGAACCCUCUCUAUUGAAGGUAAAAAAACGGCUUUUUUGGGCAGUCUCAGUUAAAAUGUCAGGGCGCUGUGCACUCAUCAGGGCAUCGGUGGAGCUUGCAUGGAAUAGAAAAGUAUUUCAAAAUAAAUCUAAAAAAUCAGCUGGGAUAGGCUCCAGCACCCCCGUGACCCUCAACAGUCUCAGUUGUAAGGAUAAAUAAAGAAUGAAUGGUGAGAAUAUAUUUUGUUUCUAUUUGAACUAAUAAUAAAAACAUUUGAUUGAUGUACAAAUAUAUUGAAUGUAUCAUCAAGAGUAACAUGAUUAUUUUUUAACCAGUCAUGAUAUUUUGUUUGUUUGCAUUUACCUAAACAACCACUACAUUAUUUGAAAAAGUAUAUUCAUAUAUUAUAGCAAUGUACUGUAUCAAAAGUGUCCUAUUGUGCAAGUUCAAAGAAACACAUUUCUUUUAAUAUACAGUGGGCAGCAAAUAUUCAAUUAAUUACAUUCAUACAAUAUAUUGGUGGUUUGAAAUGCAUGUUGUUGUUUAAUCAUCACUUUUCAGGAGAAAUGUACCAUAUUUUUCCACACUAGAGCGUAACUGAUUAUUAAAUGCACAGCCCAGAAAAAAAUCGCUAUACCAUAUACGUCAUUUUUUUAGUAGCCUGGUUUACAU